GGCGUCUUUGCUUUCCUCCUCCUCCUUCUCCAGAAUAAGAACGGUCCCAAGCCACGGCUUUGAACCUUACCUAGAUAUCUCGAAUGGCUUCAGGACUCAAGUCGGUCCUUAUAACCGGUUGCUCUGCAGGCGGGAUCGGUGGUGGUCUGGCUCAAGCUUUCCAUGAAAAGGGAUAUCACGUCUUUGCAACAGCGCGUACACCAUCAAAGAUCUCGCGGUCUCUCACCAAAGCCCCGAAUGUCACUGUCCUGACUCUUGAUGUCCUGUCUUCCCUAUCCAUCGCUGCGGCUGUCGAGAGCGUCAGUAAAGUGACUGGAGGCAAGCUCGAUGUCCUGGUCAACAACAGCGGCUCGUUGAUGGUUAUGCCGGCUUUGGAUGUGUCCAUUGCAGAGGGCAAGAAGCUAUUCGACACCAACUAUUGGGCACUCCUUGCCAUGAUCCAGGCGUUUGCUCCGCUAUUGGUCAAAGCAAAAGGUUAUGUUGUCAAUAACACAUCUGUCAGUGGCAUGGUACCAUUUGGAGCCUUCGGGAGUAUCUACAACAGCUCAAAGGCCGCUGCGAUCCUCGGGAGCGAAACAUGGCGUCUCGAGCUCGCGCCUCUUGGGGUUCGGACCCUGACCCUUGUGACAGCCGGCACCAAAUCAAAUGUCUUCACCAACAUGGGACCGCCGAAGAUCCCUGAGACCUCAUAUUACUACGGGAUUCGCGACUACGUGGAAGAGUUGUGCGACGGCAGAAUGCAGAAAGAUGGCAUCACUCCAGAGCAGUUUGGUGCCAAAGUCGUCCGAGAGGUUGAAAAGGGCACGACAGGAAAAUACUGGAUAGGUGGAGGUGCGACCUCUGCUCGCUUCGCUGUGUGGCUGCUGCCGGAUUGGGCGAUGGACAAGCUGAUAGCCUCCCUGUUUCCCUUCGCCAAGCUGCUACAGAACCAACUCAGAAAGAAAGAGUGAUUGGGGGAGUGGAUGUUUUGCGCCAUCCGCCAAAUAGAGGGCGUUCUUGGAUGAUUGAAGAUUCAUGCUUCAGGGGUGAAGGUCUACCGUUUACAGAGUACACAUAUGCUAAUGCGGACACAAUGAAGAAACUAU